UGUGACGUCAUGGCCGAUUCUUCGCCGAGCAACUCCACAGUGGAUUCCUAUGGAUUUACGAGAUCGGCGGACGAUUACGAUUUUAAGACGUACGAGGAGUUCAUGAACAAGUAUCUGGCCGUUCUCUCACAUCGAUCUCUCAGAUGGUCGACUCUGAUGAACGAAAACAUUCCAGUCAAAACUUCAAGAAAAUUGAAAAGAUUCAUUAGGAAAGGCAUUCCAGCAGAAAAAAGGCCACUUAUGUGGAUGUACAUGAGUGGGGCGGAGGAGAGGAAGCAAUCAAAUCCACCUCUCUAUGGAAAGUUGCUACAGGAUAAACACGAUCCACAGCUCAUUGAAGCUAUCAAGAAUGACAUCCACCGAACCUUCCCAGACAACAUCUACUUCCAGGGCGGCACGGAUGACUCCACGUCGAAGCGUGCCUGCCUCUAUAACGUACUCCUGGCCAUCUCACACAACAACAAGAAAACUGGAUACUGCCAGGGCAUGAACUUCAUAACUGGUAUGCUGCUUUUGGUGGUGAAGGAUGAAGAGAAGGUCUUCUGGUUACUCGACACUUUGAUCAACGUCAUCUUGCCCGGUUAUUACACCCCAGACAUGACCGAUGUCAAGGUCGACUGCGAGGUCUUGGGCGAACUCAUCAAAAUAAAAUGUCCGGAUGUGUAUGCGCUGGCCGAGAAGUUCGGUUGUGCCUGGUCCAUUGUUGCUACCAAGUGGUUCAUUUGCUUGUUCGUGGACGUCUUGCCUGUGGAGACGGUACUUCGAAUAUGGGACAGUCUCUUCUUCGAAGGCGACAAAAUUUUGUUCCGGGUUUGCAUAACACUCAUCAAGCAGAACUCCGCGAAGAUUCUGAAGUGCCGAAACUUCAGUGAGAUGAUGGAGGUGCUGAGAGGCAUGACGUCAGAUGCCCACGUCAUCGAUUGCCAUCAGUUCAUGGAGAACAUCUUCAAGGAGCCGGGAUCGUUAUCAAGAUCACUCAUCACCAAACUAAGGGAGGACUGUAAGAGGAAUUUAACGGCGAACAACAGCAACAACUAGUCACGUGUCUCUCGUGUCGUCGCCAUCAUCAUCAUCAUCACGUGACCAUCGUCAUCAUCAUCGUGUUCCUCCUUAUCAUCAUCAACAUGUUCAUCGUCAUCAUCAUGAUGAUUUUGUUUUCGAUAUAAUCGGCGUUAUCAUAUUUUCUUUCUUCACUGCGAUCAGCAUUUCGUCAUCGUCAUAGUAUGUUUUGUUGUCCAUAUCCCUGACGUCAUCAUCAUCGUUAUACUCAUAUUCACUCUUAUUUUUAUUGAUGUUUCAACAACAUUCUUUAUUUUUUUUUUGGUUUUAUCAUUUUAAAUCGUAAUUGCUAAUCAUUAUUAUUAAACUAUCAUAACAACGAUAAUAUUAUUAUUGUUAUAAUAAUAACAUAAUAAAAAUAUUAGUACAUUUAGUUUUAUUUUAUUAUUUUCAUGAUUACUACUGGUGAACCUUUUUUAAUAUCAGAUAUAUUUUGGGAGUUAUUUUAUUUUAUUUUUCUUAUAAUCACUCUAUCUUAUUUAUAUCAUUAUUAUUACAAAUCAUUUGUGUGUGUGUGUGCGCGCGCGCGCGUUUUGGUCUGUAAACUGUAAAUAUGUAUAUAUGGAUCUACUACCAUUGCCAUUGUUUUAGAUUUGAUAUGUAUUAUUGAGUGCAUUUACAUGUAUGUAUGUAUAUAUAUAUAUAUAUAUAUAUAUAUAUAUAUAUAUAUAUAUAUAUAUAUAUAUAUAUAUGUGUGUGUGUGUGUGUGUGUGUGCGCGCGUGAGUGUGUAUUUCGAUUUAUUGUAAGUUAUUAGAGCACGCUUGUGUAUUGUCUUUCAUCAUAUCAAGUUGUAUAUUUUCAAAUUUCAUUUGUUGACGAUGAUAGUAGUUAUAAUUUAAUAAUAAUAUUUGUAAUUAUAUGUAUAUAUAUAUAUAUAUAUAUAUAUAUAUAAUUGUCGAAAUAUGGUAGUAGUUUUUUAAUUAUAUGUAGAUAUAGUUUCAAAUUUAAUCGCUAAUGUCAUUUAGCUACUUUUUUUUAUUUAGUUCGUUUAAAUUCAGAUUAAUAAAAUCUAACGAA